AUGUCAUCCCUGUUUGCGAGGGACACCAAGAGCUUGGUCAGAGAGCUGGGCAGGAGAGGCGAACUGGUGCCCGUUGACAGCCUGACCAGUGCCCUGCACCUGCGUCCCUUCUGCCUGGUGAGGAAGAAGCACAGACACCACCCCUGGCCUUGGGACACCCCCCUCAUCCCCACGGACUUCUCCCUCAUGGACGUGCUGGAGCCCGGCUCCCCUGUCCCAGAGGUGAGCCGGAGCAAACCCAUCCACGUCCAGGAGGUGGUGGCAGGAGCCGUGACAGGGGCCAUGAGUGUAAGCACUGGGCUGCAGGGGAAGGUGAUGGGGAGUGGCGGGGUGACCCGCAGCUCCACCCUGGUUGUACAAACCCUCAGGGUUUCCCCUCACACCUGGGAGAUGCUGGUGGAGAAGAGGAAACUGAGGACUCCGAGGCCCUCAUUCCUCAGGGAGCUGCAGAGCCGGAAGGAGAGAGAGAACCUGUAUGUGGUGACAGAGGCCGUGGAGACCAUGCAGGACACCACGUUUCAGAGCUGCAGUGAAGCCGAGGGAGCAGGGCAGCUGUCCCUCCUCGGGCUGGGCCACUUAAAGCUCCAGAGUCAGAGCCACAUGGCCAAAGAGAAGACGGUGACCAUCCCGAGGGGCACUGUCCUGGCCUACAGGGUGCUGCAGCUGGUGAUCGAGGGGGACCGCUGGGGCGUGGGCUUCGGCUGGGCCCCAGGAGAGGAGCCCGACUUCCAGGGCCUGCAGAGGCAGGAGGGUGCCCAGCUGCAGGAUCUGGCCACGCUGCUCCCAGAGCUGCGGCACGUGCUGCGGGGCGCCCUCCAAGAGCUGCUCAAGGACCCUCGGGCACUGCAGGAGUUCGAGGACACGCUGGAACAGGCCCUAGACACUGGGGUGCCAGGACAGCUGGGCGGCCCUGGGGGCGUCAUCCUAAGCAUCCUCCAGGACCCCUCGGGCAGCCUGUCGCCCUCGAAAGGCAGGGCCAUCCUCUGCAUUCUUGGACCCCUAAAAUAUCAGUUACAAGAAAGCAAGAGUUACUGUCUGUAUACCCGCAUGCCCGCUCCACUGAACACGUGUCUGCACACAGCAGGGGCCCAAAUCCAUGAGUUCCCUCCCCACGCGUGA